AUGCUUUCUAGCUCUCUGAACUAUAUAAGAUCCUUCGAUAUAUAUGGACACCAGGUCAAAAUACUCUACAAGGGUGAAGACACCAAGAAGACAUUGGUAGGAUCAAUCCUGAGUAUUGUUUCGAUUGGAUUAAUGGCUUGGUAUUUCGUUACAUAGCUUCAAGAUAUUAUUGAGAACAAAUCAUCUGUAAAGUAAACACAGAAUCCUAUUGAACCAGCUAAAGCUCUCAUUAAUAUUACAUCGUCAAACUUUGAUGCAGCAUUUAUGUUUUACAACUCGAAAUAGAAUUACGACUAUGUUGAAAUGUAGCAAUAUAUGCAAAUCAACACCUACUUUAAAAGAGAUGGGUUCUACUAUGAUGAAUACAAUGAAGAGAUUAGAGCAAUGAAUGAAAUUGUAACUACACCUUUUGAAAAAUGUGAUAAAGAUAGAAUGUUCAACUCCACAGUGUUUUAAAACUACAUGCAAUAUAGAAAUGACGGAAUCUUCUACUGUUACAAUAAAGAUCUUAACCAAAAGCUAGAGGGCAGUGAUAACACUCUAAGAUUUGAAAUUACAAAAUGCGAAUAAAAGACAUUAAGCAAAGAUUAUCCAUAACUAUAAUGCGUCACUGAUCAAAAUGAGUUAUAGUAGUUUUUUGAGAAUCUUUAAGUCCUAGUAUUUUCAAGCCAGCAGUACUUUGAUGUUGAUGAAUUUGAAGCAGAUCCCAUAAAGUUUAUGAUAGAUGUUGAGAAAGCUACAAUCUCUCCAAAGGGAAGAACUAGUUUAACUUAUGAUAUGCUACUUAAUAAAGUUUCAGGCUCUGAUAACAAACUUCAUGAAAAUCUCAACCAAUUCGAAAAAUCAUUCAUUAGUACUAAAAUUAGAGGAACCAAGACUAGUGAUAUUCAAAAAGAUGACGAUAGUUAUGAAGUACUAUUUGACGUUAUAUUCAAAGUGCAGAAUGAAUUGAGAACUAUAGAAAGAUAAGCAAACAACUUUGUGCAAGCUCUCUCUAACGUUGGUGGUCUCUCAGGCAUUAUAUUUGGACUUAUUGCAAUCCUUAUCGCUCCACUCUAAGAGUUCUUUUUCUACCAGUCCUUGCUCAAGAGCUCAUUUUUAGUAGAGUAGAGCAAAAUCAAAAAAGAGGAAGAUAAGUUAGAGACUGAUGAUUCUUAAAACAGUGACAAAGUUCAGAUUAAAGAGUAGAUAAAGAAGAAAGAUUUCAACACAUAUUUGAGGUUGAUUGUUAAGCUAAAGGACAGGGUUAAAUUCUAUUAUCCUUUAGGGCUUGCUAUCAAACAGUGGUUUCAACAGAUUUUCAGAUGCUGCUGUAAGAGAAGAAGAUAUUAGAAAGAAUUGUAUGAGCUUGGUAAAGAUGUGAUUGAGAAACAAUUAGAUGUUCAAACUAUAAUCCAGGACCUGAGAUCAUUUAAGAUGAUAAACAAUGUCUUGCUCUCAAAGUUCCAGAGAUAACUUAUUCCCUACUUCAAAAGAUACUUGCUAACAUAAAAACUUGAGAGAGUUUAAAUUAAGGAAGCAAUCAAAGAAAUAAAAGAUAAAAAGCCUUAAGAUGAUUAAAAAGCAGAUCAAGUAACCUAGCUAAUGAUUGAAUUAUUCGGAAAUUCUAAGAAUCCCUAAUCUGUCUACAAUGACCUUGUCAUUGAUAGAGUCUUCUUAGACAAAGAAGAUAAUCUCAAAGACUUAAAAACAUAGCUUUUUACAGGUAUACUUAGAAAGUUCAUAGGGCUUAACUUGGACAAUAAUUAUGAUGACUAAAGAGAUAUUUUUGGAAUUUAUGAGCCUCCUGCUCUUGGAAUCGCUAUUCAUGAUUAGGAUAAUCAAGAAAACCUUAAUGCAACUGAUGGUAACAAUCAAACUGCUGGAAAUCCUCUUGACAAAGAUGAUGGAACUAGAACUUAAGAUAGAAUGUAAUGA